AUGACGGUGGACCCGAAGACCUCUCAGCUCUCUCCGGAGACAGUUCCUCUCGGUACUGGCCUGCCGACGCGAGAGGAACUAUUCGUGCACUACCCCGCGAAGUUCUCCUGGUACCAGCUGAAAGUCUUCGUCAACUCAGGUGAUCUCGGCCUGCUGAAGCGGGACAGAGCCCUCCAGCGUCGAUACAACGCCUGGGCUGUGGGCAUCAAGGCGGAGUAUGGGUCCAUCGUCAACUACCUCUGCACAUACCGGCUGCUCUGGGGCCAGCCCGACACCCUCACCCUCCUCCGCUCCUCCCUCGACCCCGCUCCCUCUGCAAACGACGCCCCCGUCAAGCCCAGGCGUUCUUCGGGCGAGCUCCCCCACUCCCCCCAGAUGCACCCACGCACUUCGUCGCGGACACGCCCCGAACUCUACUUCAUCGCCAUGAACGACUGGCCCUACUCCGUCCCCCCAGAGGUCGAGCACAGCCUGAUCUGGACGCGCCUGCCCAUCUACCCCCCGUCGCUGCCCGCGCCCGCUGCGUCCCCGCUCUCCGCGCGGCUGCACCAGGACGGCCUCUGGGGCUUCACGGGGAACGACUCGCCGCCGCCGUCGCCGAGCGUGAUGCUGUCGUGCCUGCCCGCGCUCGCCGAGUGGGGGAUCACGGAGGACAAGCUGAUCCGGACGCCGCGGGGGACGGCGGAGGAGGAAGCGGAGGUGCGGCGGUACGGGGAGGAGAUCGCGACGUUCGUCAAGCGGCGCUGGGUCGAGCGUGAGUGGGAGACGGCGUGGUUCGUGAACCCCCCGAGGUUGCAGAGUGUGCCCGGGUUGGCGCACAUUCACGUCUUUGCUCGACGCAAGAUCCCAGACGAAGUGGCGAAUUAA